AUGCGGCAUAUUUACGGUGAUAAGGCGAUUUGUAUUAAAAAUAAUUUAGCAGCUCAUGAACAAUUAUUGCAUUAUGUUAGCGACGAGGUAGCCAGUGGAUCUUAUAAAUAUUACAGUUUAAUGUAUGAUGAUCAAUAUUGUCUUCAAUCAACAACUUGUGGUGAGGAUAUAAUUUUUAUACCACAAAGUUUCAAAAGACCAGUUAGCAUAGGAGUGUAUGGUCAUCCUUCUCACGAAGCAAGUCAAUACAAUUUAUUUGUGUACCAUGUAGCACUUGGUGCUGAUGAAAUAACAGACGAGCAAAGUACUAUCAACAGUCUUGAGACUAGUGUACCAAAAAAAAUUACAAAAAAAUCUUUUGUAUUAGCUUUUCUCUGGACACUACUCGACGAAUUUAUUCAAGUAUUAUUUUAA